CACUCUUCAUUGUGGUUUGUCUUCCAAGUUCAUGUCCAAGAGCAAUAAAUGAUUUCCAGCCUAGAGCUUUAUAAAAAAAAAUUCAGGAAAUAACAAGAUUGUCCUGUCAACUUCUCCUUAAUUUUCCUUACAAGGAGUUGCUAGACAGUACCAUGUGCUCCUUGGGUUACCUAUGUCGCCUAGAAAAACCCACCAAGAGGACUCUUCACCACUCGCCUAUGCUUACAGUAGAUUUUCUCACAUACCCUCUCAUCUAUAUAUACUCAUGCAUCACCCCACAGCCAACUCAAGUCCUCAAGCAUCACAUUCUCUACUUGCAAAGCAAAAUUUUCCCUUCUUCUGUAUCAUUUCUGAAAAUCUCAGCUUCCAGAGAAUUAAUCAUAAUGGCUAUUCGUUUUCCUGCUAUUACACACGCUAAGCAGAUUCUUCGCCGAUCAAAUUUGCUUCCAAAUCAAUCUUCUUCUAAUUUUACAGAUGUUCCAAAAGGCCACAUAGCAGUAUAUGUUGGAGAAGGCCAAAAGAAGAGAUUCAUAAUUCCAGUAUCAUUUUUGAAUAAGCCUUCAUUUCAAGAAUUGCUAAGAAAGGCUGAGGAAGAGUUUGGAUUCAAUCAUCCAAUGGGUGGUAUCACAAUUCCCUGCAGAGAAGACAUCUUCAUGGACUUGCUUUACGUUUGAAUUGAUCAUGAUAUGUAAAAUCAAAGACAAUUUUGUACAUUCUCUGCACAUCUUUUUGUUCUUUUCCAAUGAUAUCUAAAGACAAAUAUAGUCCUUGUUUCACUCAAAAGUGCAUGUUACCCUAUGAUCAUUUCUUCAGCCAGGAUAGCUUUUCUCUGA